AUGGCUUCCGACUGGAAUUAUGCUGACGAAGGACCAGAUGUUUGGAGUGAUCUAUAUCCAGCAUGCGCUGGAACUUCACAAUCACCAAUUAAUAUUGAUACAACCACUACAGACUAUCUAGCAUUUACAACAUUGUAUUUAGGAUCAUCUUAUAAUGUACCACUAAAUUUUCAAUUUAUAAACAAUGGUCAUACUAUUGUCGGUACAUAUACAGGCAGCGAUACAUCCAAUUUCGUAUUCAUUGGCGGUGGUCUAAGAGGAACAUUUACAUUUUCUAGUUUUCAUCUUCACUGGGGUGAAAACUAUAAAUCAGGAAGUGAACAUCAAGUAAAUGGAGCAAAAUAUUCAGGUGAACUUCAUGUCAUUCAUAGAAAUCAAGCUACAAAUCAAACAGCUGUACUUGGAAUGUUCAUACAAAGUUUAAAACAAGCUAAUACAACACAUACGGAAUUACGAAAGCGUGAUACUUCAACCACCGGAAAUGUAACAUCAGCAGAAUGGAUAAAAUAUCUUUCAGCAAUUGGACAAUUAAAUCAAGUUAAUCAAACAGUUGCACUGAAUUUGACUUUAGGAUCGUUAUUCACUAGCGAUACAACUAAAUACUGGCGUUAUUCAGGCUCAUUAACAACACCUCCAUGCACCGAAGGUAUUAUUUGGACUGUAUUUGGAGAGCCCAUAGUUGUUAGUGAAGAUUAUUUUGAUCUUCUACGAGAUAAUAUCUAUGCAAAAGAUUAUCGCAGUCCUCAACCAAUAAAUGGACGAUCAGUAUUUCGAAGUUAUCCAUAUGAAUCAUCAUCAGCACCAAAUUCUAUUUUUUCUUCGAAAAAAACUUAUUAUAUCAUUAUUUAUUUAUCUAUUUAUGUGUUCAUUUAUUUAUUUAUUUAA